CCAUUUCUGCAUCCAUGGAUGCCUCCAGGAAAAAGGCCCGCACAGGCAGCACCUCCGCCGAGGACCGGCUGAGCGCCCUGCCGGAUGCGCUCGUCCACACCAUCAUGUCGUUCCUCAAGGCCCACCAGGUAGUCCAGACGAGCGUGCUGGCCAAGAGGUGGAGGCACCUCUGGCGUUCCGUGCCCAAUCUUGACAUCGACCUGCCAGAGUUCAACAGAAAAAUCAUGGACUGGGACUUAGUCCGGCCGGGGUAUGAAAAGUUUGCGGAUUUCACAGAUUACCUUCUGUUCCAUCGCCAUCAGGAUGGUUCACUCUUGGAUUCAUUCCGGCUGCAUCUAAGUUGUGCAUAUCAAGCGAGGCCUGCGGAUGCUGGUAGGUGGGUUCGCCGUGGCCUCAAGUGCUCCCCUAGAGUGCUUCAUGUUCAAUAUGACCAUGGUCAUGGAGCGGCUGAAGUACCAUUGGUAUUGGGGUAUGGACCUUCUAGUUCUUGCCGCCUCACAAAGUUACACCUUCUCGGCCUGUCACUGGACUUCAGUUUCGCAGAGCAGGUCCUUUAUGUGUGUCAUGUUCUGGUUGAGCUGGAAAUGAGAAAGUGUUCGAUUUAUUUUCAGAAAAUUACAUCCCCCUCUCUGAAGAACCUGACAAUGGAUGGGUCUCAUGCUGGUUAUGUUGGUUUUGGAGAUCCUCUUAAUCAGCUGAUUAUAACAGCUCCUCAUCUUGUUUAUCUGCAUCUAAACCUUGAGACUCUUGACCACAUCUUAGUGUUAGUAAAUGAAAUGUCAUCCCUUGUGAAAGCGUCCAUGCGUGUCCAGAUUUCACAUCCUCAAGAAGUUUCCCGCCAAUUUGAGCUUCUUAGAGGUCUAUUCAAUGUGACAAGCCUGGAGCUGUUGGGUUUCAGUAUGAUGGUGCCAGACAAGAAACCCAUUAAAACCUUCAAAAACCUAACAACCUUAUUGCUGGAUGAAUGUGAUCUGGGUGACAAGUUCCAACUUUUGCGGCACUUGCUGCAGAAUUCUCCCAAUUUGGUUAGGCUUGUAGUGAAGUUUUGCCAGUUUGCAGAAGGUUCCAAGAGAUGGAAAGGGAAGGCCAGGUUCAAGAAGAAAUCGUCCCAGCGCCAAGAUGUGGUGGAUUUCAGUUGCUCGAAGUUGAGGUACACCGACAUCGUAUAUAAGAGCGGUGACAAUGUUCGUCAGCUGGUCAAUAUUUUGCUGGACAUUUCCGACCAUCUACCAGAAAAUGUCAUAACACUUACCAAAGUCGACACUACCGUGUAUCCCUCUGAAGAUUCCGAAUCUGAAUAGCCUUGUUGGGUUGUUCUGAUGCUUGCUACUCAAUCGGCUUACCACGCACCUUGUUGUUAAUGCAUUGGGCUAUCCUGUACUUCUGACUCGUCAAUUGUAUUUAAGGGUGUGCACUGUGCGCGUUGUUCCUCAUUAUUGGUUCUUCCUGUCAUGCUACUGCAUGAGAAGCUGUAGCUGUUUGGCGAAC